AUGGAGGCUAAGUACUCUCGUGAAGUAUUGGAAAAUCAACAGCUUAUAAAGAAGAUCUUGGAUCGCAAAAAGAAAUCCAAGGAGAAGAAAUUAAAAAUUGCUAAGGAUUUAUUGCAAAGCAAUGACUCUUUGAGUCUAGAUGAAGAUGAAAUAGCAAAAAUUAAAGAUGAAGAGUCACAGAAGUCAGCUAAAAAAUGGCUCAAAAAUUAUAUUAAGAACUUACGCGAUGCUCCAAAAAAAGAUGAAGCCAUUAUCUCUCAUUUAUGGAAAGAUGCUAUUAUACAUGCCGAAAAAUUAUGCUCUACUAUGAAUAUUAGCAGUUCUAUUAAAAAUUCUCCACAGAAAAAUAAUCCUUAUUUCAAUGCGUUAGAUAAACAUAAGGAACCUAUUCACUCAAAAUUAUCAACGCUACUCAUAGAAAUUUCGAAUAUAUUUACAGGAUAUAGAGAAGGUUUGUAUAAAUUAGUUAAUAACUCUCAUAAGUAUAGUGGAGCUAGUGCCAAGGCACAUAUUUCUAAAAGUACAAUUUUGGAAGAAUAUAUAUUAACUGAUAUUUUAGAAUCUGAGUGUGGGAUACUAACAGAAUUCAGAAAUACGUGGUACAAAGUAAUUGGUCUUGAGAUUGCGCGUCUUCAGGCACUAUCGAUUACGCAGAAUAGUAAAAAAGAUGUCUGA